UAUUAACUUAACAGACGAUUAAACAUAAUUUAUUAUAUAUAUGCAUCUAUGUGAUUCUAAACAACAUAUACGAUAUUGAAUAAUAAAAGUCAAUUAAGAAAUGGAUGCAUAUUAUCACCAGGAGCCAUGAUCUACACAUAUCAAUAUCUAUGUACAUAUGCAUAUAUAUUUGUGGUCACCUAGGUUUUUUUACAAAUUAACUAAUAAAAAAUUUAAAUCAUAGGUUGUAAUUAAAAGUGAUUUUACAACUGAUAUCUAUGAAAUUUGAAGAUAGUAAACAUUCGAGUGUGCGUUCAAGUUCAAGCAAUUAGUUAAAAAUCAAUACACUGAGCAACGGUGCACGACCAACUAAAAAGUUAGUUUAGUGAAAGUAGUUUUUAAAUUAUAAUACAUCAUGGGUGAACAUGUGAAGGUUAUUAUACGCUGUCGACCAAUGAAUCUAAAAGAAAUUCAUGAAAAAUGUGAUAACAUUGUGGAAACUUCUGAUUACGAUGUUUCUGUGUUAAAUCCCUCGGCACGAUGUGCACCAAGAAAAUCGUUUAGAUUUGAUAGCGUCUAUAAUACAUUUUCGAAGACCGAGACUAUCUACAAUGAUAUGUGUUAUGCAUUGGUGGAGAGCACAUUAGAAGGGUAUAAUGGAAAUUUUGCUUAUGGCCAAACAGGUUGCGGCAAAACUCAUACAAUGCAGGGCGAUGGAUCGAUAAAGGAUGCGCCAAAUAAGGGCAUCAUACCAAGAUGCUUUGAUCACAUAUUUGAGAAAAUUUCGAUAGCAAACAACGUCAGGUACCUCGCAUUAGUAAGCUAUUUGGAGAUUUACAACGAGACUAUCAAAGAUCUUUUGAGUGAAUCGGACUCAUCAUCGCACACAAUUAAUCAUUCAUUAAAGGAUGUACCAGGUAUCGGCGUUACAGUUCCUUCCUUAACUACACAGCCGGUGAAAAAUGCAGAAGAAUGUUAUAAUUGGUUGAAGUUGGGUAAUAAGAAUCGGAUUACAGCAGCCACAUUGAUGAACGAGACAAGUUCACGAUCACAUACUAUAUUUACAAUAAGUUUGGAGCAGAUUGAAAGUUCUGUUACCCAAUCAUCAGAUUUGAAUAAUAUGUCGCCCAUAAUUGGAUGCAUUCGAAGAGGCAAAUUGAAUCUUGUCGACCUUGCCGGCUCUGAAAGACAAUCCAAGACAGGAGCUAUUGGAGAACGUCUAAAAGAAGCUACAAAAAUUAACUUAUCGCUUUCGGCUUUGGGUAAUGUUAUAUCAGCGUUAGUUGAUGGCAAAACAAAGCAUGUACCGUAUAGGGAUUCAAAACUGACGAGAUUGCUUCAGGAUUCCCUGGGAGGCAACAAAACCAUUAUGAUAUCAUGCAUUUCGCCAGCUGACAGUAACUAUGAUGAAACAUUGUCAACUUUACGGUACGCGAGCCGAGCGAAAAAUAUAUCCAACAUUCCCAAAAUCAACGAAGACCCAAAAGAUGCCAAACUGCGUCAAUAUCAAGAGGAGAUAGUCAAAUUACGAAAAAAGCUUGAAGAAAGUAAUCAGACCGAAAAUGAAAUAUUUCAAAAAAUUUCUAGGGAUAAUGAAAAAUUGCGAAAAUUAUGGCUGAAUGAGAAAAAUCUAAAAUGCUUACACAGGAGAUGAAGAAUAAUAAGAGCAAUAAGCGAACAGGUCAACCCCUCAAUAAAGAUGUAUCAAUUGAAUUUCAACCUGAUGAUGGAGAAGGAAGGGUGCGUUCAAUUAAAUGCACGUCGGCAUAUUGAUCUGAUUAAGCAUGCUCUUAUUGGUGGUGAAAAAGUUAAUGACAUGCAACUUCGAGAACGUCAUAGACAACGCAAGGAAGCUCAGAAACACUUGAGUGCGAUCGCUCAGGCAUUAAGCCGCAUUGAAAGUAAUGAUCGUAACCUAUUGCAAGUUCAUUAUGCAAAUAUUCAACACGAAAUUUAUACCAAAAAUGAUCGUAUUAAGAUGUUCAAUCAAAAGAUUAGGAUGCUUGAGCGGGAGAUUGAAGAUUUAAAUUCGGAGUUUCAAUUGGACCGCGAAGAUUAUUUAGAUGAAAUUCGACAGCUUGGUCGUCAUCUGAAAUUCUAUCAACUACUGUUUGAAAAAAUGUGUCGUAUUCUUCGUAAAAUGGAAAGAAUUGGAAUCCUGAAGAAAUUAUGGAAAAUUCCGUUUGGAAUGAUGACUUAAAAACAUGGAGAUUACCAACCGCAUUAGGAAAUACUAUAAAGUUACCUAUAACAAAUCCUGGAUCAUCUUUUCAAAUAGCCAAAAACAAUAUAUUCGAUGCGAAUGAUAAUAAAUUUAAUUUGAGGGAUUCGGAGGACAGCGAUUUAAGCUUGACCGGAUCUCCAGAAAACUAUAAAAUCAAUAUAUUAAAGAACUAUUUUCGGCCAAAUCGGAAAAACAUAGAUCAACAUGCUCAAAGGACAAAUAAAUCACAAGACUAUAUGCGUGAAUUUACAGCUCAUAAAAGGGCAUCGAUGCCUGUUCGAGAGUUGCAAGCGACAGCUCUAAAUAAAAUUGAGACUUUUAAUCAAACUUUUGAAGAAGUAGACAAUUCAAGCGGUUAUAUGGACAAGAAAAAUCCGACACCGAUUACUUAAAUUUACUACUGACAUAUGUACAAAUUGACAGUGCAGUUAUUUUCUCCUUUUUUCAUCGCCCCGCUGCUCAUUACAA